AUGUUCCACCUCACUCGACUCAGCCCCUCCAGCUCCUACCACUGCGGAUACUCUCCUCGCGUACCCGGUUUCUACGGGUGCAACGAGUUGCACGGCAGCUGGACCCUUGAUUUGCUUUCAAUGCUGCUGCAAAACCACCAGGUAAAUGUUACCCGUGCUCCCCUCCACAAUGGGCAACCGGACAUGGAUACGUUCCCAUGCCACUUCACCGACGUCGGGAACUAUCAUGUGGAAGAACGACAACCAUCUCCUCGAAAAAGUCAAAUCAACCUUUCGAGGCGGCCCUCCAAAUGGCUAGCUAGCAACCAAGGCAAGAAGACCCCCACCAGCAUAAACCAACUCUCCAUACCCGGGCUGUACUCGCAGCGUAUUCUGACAGGAGACCGUAAGAGACAUCAGCGCCUCCUCCCGUUCUCCCCAUCGCUUCGUCACUCCGUUUCUCUCCCUCUCGACGGGAUCCAACAAACCUCUCUUCCCAUCGUCCACUUGUCACCCCCACGAGCAUACCUGUACCAAGGUCUCAACUACACUGCACUACCCGAUAUUAGUAGCUCAAAGUCCUUGGAAAGUUCAGAGUCUAUCCGUCAACCCGUGAUGCCGCGAUGUCCCCUUCCCACCGCCUCGGGAACAACAUCCCGCUUCAAACUAACCGGCUGGCCACAUGGGGCGCUCUUGAUCAUCACGUUAUCUAGAACACGCAUCUCACUUGCCAGCAUCCUACCUACUCAAGCGAAUGCAUGUCUAGAACCCGGAUCGCAGCUAAACCCAUCCCUCGCACCCCCCACCCCCCUCCUCUUCCUCCUUCUCCUCCACCAGAUACAUCGUAAGCCACAGAGCGGUCAAGGCCCCAAAACCCCAAAACCCAACUCCACGAACCCGACAAAACUCAGGUGCACCACCACCCGAGAUCUGUCGACCGUUCGUUCCCCCUUCACCAUUCUGAAAAAAGUACCAGACAAACCAAAAUCACCCUCUCCCAUCCCUCCGCCAACCCCAGCGAAAGAUACGCCGUACCUUGUGUCGCGGGAGCGGGCGGUGGGUAUCGUCAGCCAGCGGGGAAUACACGGAAAGCCCGCCCGACUCCAACUUCUCUUCUCACAUGCCCCCAACCAACCAACACCCCCGGCCACGAUCAACCCUCCUAGCUUCGAUCAAAGGACGAUCCAACUACUACAACGCAUAAAGGCUCCUCUUAGCGGGCAGAGAUCCACCAUCCCGCUGGCUGGUCUCGAGGCCGAAAAGGAAGAAGAAGAAAAAAGAAAAGCAUGUGCAAAUCACUCAGCCCGCUGGCCAAUCAAAGCCAUGUCGCCUUUACUCGAUGAGGCCGCCGUCUCGCGGAAGCGUGAUCGAACCAAUGCUGGCGUCUUCUUCAUGGCGUCAAAAGGAUUGCAUGUGUACGGCGCGAGGACGACGGUGUAG